GGUCAAGGGUCACUUCCGCCUGGUUAGGGCGGGGGUUUAACGCGUCACUUCCGCCGCUUGGGGGGGCGCGGCCGCCCCUGCGCUCCCAUUGGCUGCUGUGCCGGAAGUGCGGGCGCCCCCUGGCGGCGAGCGGAGCCGAUGGCGGCCGGGGUCGCGCGGCUGCUGCGCGCACUGCCCCCCAGUCGGGUCCCAGUGGCACCGCGGGCUCUCUCCCGGCCCCUGGCGAUGGCCCCGGGGGCAGCAGCAGCCCCGGGGGUGUCGGAGCCGGGCCCCGGAGCCCCCCGGGAGCUGCGGACGCUGCGGCUGCAGCGGGACCGGGAGCACGUCCUGCACGUGCAGCUCAACCGGCCCGGCAAGCGCAACGCCAUCAACCUGCUCUGCUGGAGGGAACUGGUGCAAUGUUUCCAGGACAUCUCCCAGGACCCCUCGUGCCGCGCCGUGGUCGUGUCCGGCGCCGGCAGCGCCUUCACCGCCGGGAUCGACCUCUCAGACCUGGGCUCGGCCUUUGUGGGGUCCCCCGAGGCCGACGUGGCGCGGCGAGCCUGGAGCCUGCGGCAAAAAAUCCUCGAGUUCCAGGAGAGCUUUUCUGUCAUGGAGAAGUGCCCCAAACCCGUGAUCGCCGCCGUGCACGGACCCUGCAUCGGAGCUGGUGUGGAUCUGAUCUCAGCCUGUGACAUUCGCUUCUGCUCCCAGGACGCCUCGUUCCAGGUCAAGGAGGUGGACAUGGGGCUGGCAGCCGAUGUGGGGACCCUGCAGCGCCUCCCCAAAAUCGUGGGGAACCAGAGCCUGGUGAACGAGCUGGCCUUCACCGCCCGCGUCAUGAGGGCCCCCGAGGCGCUGAGCUGUGGCCUCGUCAGCCGGGUGCUCCCGGACAAGGAGACGCUGCUGGAGGUGGCCCUGGAGGUGGCCGCGGCCAUCGCCGCCCGCAGCCCCGUGGCCGUGCAGGGCACCAAAAUCAACCUGGUGUACUCGAGGGACCGGCCCGUCGGCGAGGGGCUGCUGCACGUGGCCACCUGGAACAUGGCCAUGCUGCAGACCGAGGACAUCCCCAAGUCGGUGCAGGCGGCCCUGGACAAGAAGGGACCCGAGGACGUCCCGUUCGCCAAGCUCUGAUGUCACCUCAGUGCCACCAGUGCCACCUCAGUGCCACCCACAGCCCCGGUGUCCCUCUCCAGGCCCUAGAACCACCUGGGUGUCCCCUCGGUGUCCCCGGCGUCCCCUUCCUCAUCUCUGGGGCCACCUCGGUGUCCCCCAAUAAACUCGUUUGUCCCCAC